AUGCUUGUGAGUGGAUGCCGUGCCUAUUUCGACCAGUUUGAGGACAAUGCACCUGCUGUAGGGAAUGAGGCGACUGACGAGGUGGAGACGGUGGAGGAAAGGGUCGAAGAUGCGGAGACGGACCAAGACGGCAGAGUUGGGAGGGCCGAGGCGGUGACGGUGGCAUCGAUGCAGAGAAGUGCACGCGAGGACGACAGGCGGGGAGACGGUGCCGCAGCAGUAGAAGAAGUGGCACCAACGGUUGCGGAAAGAGAAGGGGUGGGGACGCUGGCUGGAAACUUGCAGAUGGACCUGGCGGGGGGAUUGGAGGAAGGUGAGGAGGGUGUAGAAGAUCCGCAGCAACCGGGAGAGGCGGGUGUAGAAGUUCCGCUUCAACCGAGUGACACCCGUGAUGCUAUGGAGCGUGUGGGACGCGACACGGCAUGUGCAGACGUGGGAGUGGGAGGAGUGGAUCUCGCCUGCAAUCUUCAGCAGCGGACAGAGAAGGACGUGGGUUUCUUGAAAAGUUGCGCAUCAAGGGUAAAGCGGAAGGCGGCCAAAGAGGCACAGAGAGUGGACGUCGACGAGCCAGAGGCGACCGAAAAGACGCAAAAUGAGACGAUUGCGGUUGCAGAGGAGCAGAACUUCGCAGAGGAGGAUGUGCAGAGGAAUCCGGAGGAGGCAUCGAAGCUUGCGGACGAGAAGGGGAAGAGGAAGGAGGCCGCAGAUGCAUUGAAGAGCGCAGAGGAGGAGGCGAAUAUGGAGGAGACUCCAGAGGCGUCGAAGAUUGCGGAGGAGGAGGCGAAGAGGAAGGAGGCUGCGGAGGCGGCGAAGCUUGCGGAUGAGGAGGCGAAGAGGAAGGAGGCUGCGGAGGCGUCGAAGCUUGCGGAUGAGGAGGCAAAGAGGAAGGAGGCUGCGGAGGCGUCGAAGCUUACGGAUGAGGAGGCGAAGAGGAAGGAGGCUGCGGAGGCGGCGAAGCUUGCGGAUGAGGAGGCAAAGAGGAAGGAGGCUGCAGAUGCGCAGAAGGCAGCGGAGGAGGAGGCGCAGAAAGCCGAAAAUGACGCGAUGAUUUUGGAGGACCAAGGGGUGCAGAGGAGGGCUGACGUGGAGCCGAUUCAGUCGGCAGCUGAUGAUCGCAUAGGACGUGAAGAACACAUGACAGUUGCCGCUGAUAGAGGGGAGGAUGGGGUAGGUCCUUGGUCGGGGAUGAAGGAGUUGAAGGAGGGGAUGCUAAGUGAGUUGGAGAAGAGGUUGGCAGUGGUUCUGAGAGUGGACGCCGAGCGGCUGAAGAGGGAGAAACAUCAGGAGGAGGAGCAGCGGCAAACAGAGGAGGAGCAGAGUAAGAAAGCAACGGAGGCCGACCAUCUGCAGAGGGAGAAACAGCAAGAGGUGGAGCGGCUACAGGAGGCAGACCGGCAGCAGAGGGAGAAACAGCAGGAGAUGGAGCACCUGCAGAAGGAGGAUGCGCAGAGGAAGGAGGCAGAGGAGGCAGACCGGCAGCAGAGGGAGAAACAACAGGAGAUGGAGCGCCUGCAGAAGGAGGAUGCGCAGAGGAAGGAGGCAGAGGAGGCAGACUGGCAGCAGAGGGAGAAACAGCAGUAG